AUGUCUGCGACCUCCAGGACACAAGCCACCCCCUCCAACGCCGCCCCCUCCGCCGCAGUGCCCGCAAUGAUGGAGCAACUUCCAUCGUGGUGGCCCACGCGCUCGAUGGACAAGAACAACGAUGACCAGAGGCAGAACUUCCUGGACAUCGUCGAGCUCCGCAUCCUCGAGAUUUAUGAUCAUCUCAACGUGCCAGAGUCAGACCGUCGUCGAUUUGAGCACAACUGGAAGGUUGAAUGGGGUAACUUAAACCCGAUACUCUGCCGACUAUUCCAUCAGAUCAGCAAAAACGGUGCUAAGGGGAACUUGCGUUACCAUACCAUGGGGAUGAUGAUCAGGAACAACAGCAUCCCCCUCUUCCACCCGGACUUCAAGAAGAUGAAACACGGUAGAGGCAAGUACCGCCCACCUCAGGUGCAUCUCGACAUUGGAGACAGGUGGUGGGUGACAGGCACGACUCUGAAAGACCCCAUCCCUCCCCAGCCGAAGACAAAGACUUCGGGGAAUCAGUCGAAGAGUACGCCAUCAGCGUCAUCUUCUCCACCGAAGCCGGCGCCGACUGCUGGUUCCCAUCCGGCGCCUACUGCCCCUAAGAAUCCGCCAACAUCUGCUGCGCCGGCGCGGGCCGGCGCAACAACAGCCCCUCCGCCGUCAGUUCCUCCCUUGCACGCGCCGGCAUCUACACUGAAGGAGCCAGUGGCCCCCAUCCCCGGUCAAUCCCCAGCUGCCCCCCUGACGUCGCCUGUUGAGCCUCUCAACGCCAACGCCUCAGAGGAGGAGGAGGACACCGAGGCUCAGUCUCCAACGCCCGCGCACACCAGGAGGCUGAUCCUGAGGCCACCCAGAAUCCCCGACACUCCCCCAGAAGACGACGGGAGACCUGUAGGCAGCGCGCGCGCACCGGCGCUGGCAGCUCCUCAACAGAGCUCUGCUGGCCCCAGCCAGGCGCCGGCGCCCACGAGCAUCGGCGCUGCUACUGACACUGGCGCCAACAAGGCGGCGCCAACCAGCUCGGUCAAAGCACUCCAAGAUGGUAUUCCGGCGUUUGAUCAGUACCAAGUCCCACAUCGCUCAUUGCCCCCGAUAGAUUGGAAACAAAACGGAGUUUCGGCGUUCAACGUCAGCAUUCCAACGAGCGAUCACGAAGCUUUCGACAUGCGCGAGGUGCUGCUCAAUAACACCCUUGUUGAUCUCGACGACGCCAUGGGCCUGAUGCGCGACGAGUUGGGGCAGUUCAAGAACGAGAUGAAGGCGCAGUUUGCGGAGAUCAAGGCAAAGGGGCCCGAAGAGGAAUCCCGUAUGGCUGUAGACCCGGCGCUGUGA